AUGCCGCAAAACAACACGUCGUCGUCGUCUUUUCUUGGACGACUCACGACUUCGACAAGAUCGAGUUUCAUGUCACCCAAGGAUGUCCGGUGCAACGUUCAUUUAUUGCACGACUCUGAUAUUAUUGGUAAUGAGUUUCCGAGAACACAGUCCGCUCAAACUAUAUUGGACUACGUGUGCGAGAUGAAACAUAUUCGAGAGAAAGACUUUUUGGGUCUUCGUUAUCAAGAUCAUAACAAACAUCGUUACUGGCUCGACCUGACUCGAUCUAUCGGCCACGUUGUCAAACACUUCAGAAAAGAAAUCAAAAAAGUCGGCAAAACCGAAACAAUGACACUGCAUUUGCGAUUCCGCUACUAUCCUGCGGAACCAGCACGUCUUCGAGAUCCAAAUCUCAGAUACCAAUUAUUCGUUCAACUUCAACGAGAUCUCCUACACGGACGUCUCUAUUGUCCAACGUCUUCAGCUGCUGAACUCGCUGCUCUCAUUCUACAGACACAGCUCGGAGACCACGAUGAAGAGAAACAUAUUGGGAAUUAUGUGAGCGGAUACAAGUUGCUACUCAAGCAGACACCAAAAUUGGAAGAACGUAUCGCUCAGUUCCAUAAGCAGAUGAAAGGAAAAACGAGCGAAAACGCCGAAUUGGAGUUUCUGGAGAAGGCCAGCCAGCUCGACACAUAUGCUUUUGAUCCAUAUACCAUCAAGGACCCCCAAGACUCGGGACCAGUCUAUCUUGGUGCAUCAUGUAAGGGUAUUCUCAUCUACGCGGGUCAAUCACGCACUCACAACAUCGAAUGGAAUGAACUCGUCAAAGUGGAUUAUUCUGGAAAAGAGAUCCGUUUGACACUAUCGGAUACGUAUCGGGGACAAGUGACUGCAGCCGGAACUCCGACGGGUACUCUCAAUGGACAUGGUCCAGGAUCUCCUAUUUCUGGAACAAGUGGAAUGGAUAAGUAUCAGAAGAAACCAAUGACAUUGAAAUACACCUGCCCAUCUGCUCAAUUCGCUAAACAUCUCUGGAUUCAUAUUCUCUCCCAACAGGCGUUCUUCAAUGAGACUUCCGCUCAUGACGUCAAACUCAAAUUCUCCAAACCUCGUAUUCCACUGCUCUCUCGAGGAUCAACAUUCCGCUUCCCAUCGAAACGUGUCUAUCGGGAAAUCGAAGAGGACGAUGCCAAGUCGAUGCUCUUCGAUAAAAGUAUUCUGGAAACAUCGGCCGUGAUGAAUGAGACGACGACUUCCAAUGAGAAUGCGGAGGAAUCUAUUUUGAAUUGCUCCACUAUGAGCGUUCCCACUUCAACAUGCUCUGGAGUGGUUCGAUACGAACUUCCACGUCAGACGCCACGUACUGAACAGCCAUGGCUGAAACCAACGUCUCUGAAAGUUACUGCAAGUCAUGAUAAUACUGAUACAAUCGCUUCGUCAUCAUCAUCUCCGGAUAGCAGCACAGAAAAUCAGAAUAAUAACUUGUCAAAGAUUACAGAUUUGAAUGUGGAUAUGGGAGGAGAAGGAUCAUCAUCGCCUUCUUCAACGUCUCCGGUGGUCCCGAUAAUUCAUACUCAACAAAAUUCUGAUCAUAACUCGACAAGUUUCACUGUUCAUCUGAUCAAACGAGAGGAGAUUGCCACGUCAUCAACAUCCACAUCAUCAACGGUUUCCGGAGUUCCACGUGAGCAGACGAGAGCACAAGCGUUGGAGCGAAAAUUCAAUCAACUCGUCGAGGAGGAUAUGGCGAUAGGGCAACCGUUGGCAUCGAGUACUCCGAGAUCUGCAAAGCAAAAUCUUCUUGGAAAGAGCAGCAACGGAAAGUUGGCAAAUGGAGAAUAUUCGUCGGAUGAGUUUGAAAAGAAGACGGUACACACUAACGGACACGCUCUCAUAACCACAUCAGAGAAACAGGAUUCAUUGGUAGACCUCGACGAGUCGACGACGUCUACAAAGAAGAGUUUGGUGUCUCGAGUAGCCAAUACUUGCUUCGUCGCUUUCCUAAUUUUACUCCUAAUCAUUGCGGUGGUUAUUGUUUUAUUUGAGAGAUCCGAAGGCUCCGCCCACAAUGAUUUCAUCGAGAAAAACCGUGCUCUAUCGGAUCUCCGACACUUGUAUUACGAGCCGACUCGUCACUACGUCGUAGAACAAUACCGGAAAUAUUUUGGACCAAAAAUCUAG